AGAAUAGAGUACAGAGUAGAUUACAGUAAUCCAGAGCACUGAAUCCUGCUGCUCACUACAGAUCAACACACAGCCGGACAAGAUGAAGAGUAAAACUGUUAAUGUCUUACUGAUACUCAUAACUCAAGUUUUCAUUGUGGUCAACACUCAAGAGGAGACCACGUGGCCUGAUGAAGAUGAGAUGAAUCUAAAGGAGAACCAAUCACAGACGGGCCGCAGCUGUGGCUGUCAAAAUGUUCGACCCACUUCGACCUCCGACACCAUCUUCACCAAACCACCGACCUUGAGCCCAUACCUGGACUGCAUGCCAGAGUGUCCCUAUCACAAACCGCUGGGGUUCGAGUCAGGAGCCGUGCGUGCAGAACAGCUCACAUGUUCAAAUCAGGAGCAAUAUGUGGGCUGGUUUGCUUCCUGGACUCCAAAUAAAGCCAGACUCAACAGCCAGGGAUUUGGCUGCGCAUGGCUGUCAAAAUCUCAGGACACGAGUCAGUGGCUUCAGGUGGACCUACAGGAGAUCCGCGUGGUGUCAGGUGUCCUCUCUCAGGGACGCUGUGAUGCUGAUGAAUGGACCACCAAAUACAGCUUGCAAUAUCGAACCCAUGAUGACCUAAACUGGAUCUAUUACAAAGACCAGACUGGGAAUAACAGGGUGUUUUAUGGAAACACGGAUCGCUCCUCCACGGUGCAGAAUCUGCUCCGGCCGCCCAUCGCUGCGCGGCACGUGAGGAUUCUGCCGCUGGGAUGGCACACGCGCAUCGCCAUACGACUGGAGCUGCUCUUAUGCAUGAACAAAUGCACCUGACAUCGCUCUGACAGCAGGUCCAAACACAGCUUCAUGUAUAUUUAUUAGUUUACAUAAAUACUGAUCUCUGAUCUGUGCAAAACAGGCAAACUAAUUUCCAUAGCUUCUGUGUAAACAACAAAACAAAUAAAUCAUUAGCUAAAACAUGAAACACAUCGAGUCAUUAUAGAAGAGACAAUAGCCUGCAUUUAUUAAAUGAAAUGUUAUUGUUUUAUAGAUCGAAAAUAAAAAUGUUGUGAAAUAAAACUGAAUAAAUUUAAUGAAACACUCAGACAAUUGAUGUUAUCUUUUUUAAAAACAUGAACCAUCAGAGAUGAAAAACUGUGAUGUUUGCAAAUCUCAUAAAUGUCAUAAAUCUAACUCACAUUGAUAUUAAAGUCAACAUGAAACAAUAUUCACAACCAUUUUUACAUUUAUAACCUCAUGCACUUUUACAGUAAAACAGAAAUGUGAUGUGCAUGUUCUGGUGUGCAGGAUUUCCUCAUCAUCCUCACACACAUCAGCAUCACUUGUGUAGAUGCUGAAGAUCUCAAUUUUUUUUCUUAUGAUAGCAAUUCAUUCACAAAUCUUUCAUUAUUUCUUUUCUUCAGCUGUUACAUUUCUGUUUACAACAGCAGCAUAAAAACGCAUAAAUAUAAAUAUUCAAACAAACACACAAAAUUAUACGAUAAGCGCAGGAAUGUGUACGUAUGAAGAAAGUCAACGGGGUCAGAUUUCAUGAUUUCAUGUUGACUUUAAUGUUAUACACACACAUGUGAAACUCCUUCAUACGUGUCAGAUCGGCUUCAAAACAAAGAAUGACAAAAGACUGAAGUGAUGAAGACUAAGAAAAAAGCUUCAUCAUCUGAGAACAGCAUCACAUCAAUGCUGCAUUUCAUUCACAUCAAGUGAAAUAUUUCAUCUUCAUUUUUUUAUGACUUCUGAAGGUUUCUGUUGUUUGCAAUAUGAUAAAAACAAAUAUCACACCUGCCAACAGAAGAGACAAUUAUGCAUUUCAGUGCUAUAGGAUUUAUUCUACAAUUAUCAAUGUUCAUCAUUUAAUGAUUUACUUUUAAAGGGAUCAUAUCAUGAAAAUCUAACUUUUUCCAUGUUUAAAGAGCACCUAUUGUCCGAUUCACGAUUUUACAUUUCCUUUGGUGUGUAAGUGUGUAUUAGUUCAUAC